AUGGACGGCGACGAGCCCACGCAAGCAACCCAGAAUGUCCUCGACCCACGCCGAGUCGGGAAGCAGAAUUCGGGCUUCUCAGACGAAGACAUCUCCGACAUAAUAUGCGUACUCUACCCCCAUUCCGACUCGGCCCGCCUCGAGCUUCAGCGUCUGGUCCAGGAGGACUCUCCUCACAUCAUCGGUAAGGACGAAGCGGACGGUGUCGAACCGGACUACGACUUCGAGGAUCAGGCCGGUCGCUUUCUCGCCAACCCGACGAAUACUGGCAGCCAUGCUAUCAUCCUCCGUCUCUCAGCCCGACUCAACAACCCUUCGGCCGGCUUCGUCUUUGGUCGCAACCCAGGGCGUUGCGAUAUUGUCUUCAAGCACGACCCGCUCAAGAGAGUCAGCAACAUUCAUUUUCGCAUCUAUGUGAACGAGUAUGGCUCGGUCAUGAUCGAGGAUCAAUCUACCAACGGUACUUGGGCCGACGGCCACCUGCUGACCGCCCAUGCCAAUGCGAACGCCAGAGGAAACACUAAUCCUCCCCUGACAAAAUGGGUCUUGACCUCGGGCUCUAUCAUCAAAGUCUACCUUCAUCAAGAGGCUAGGGACCUCACCUUUCGUGUCCGCAUUCCGCGCCGUGACGAUGGGUACGAUCAGGCUUAUACCGACAAAGUCGAGGCUUUCUUCACGCGCCAUCAGCUGAAGAACCAGACCGAAACCAUCACUCCCGGGCCCGGCGGUCACGUUGACCUCUUCAAGGAUCCCGUCCAGGCCCGAUUUAAGAGAGAAGGGACUGGCGAGAUCACGCAAGCCAACUCGCGAUCACCACGCAACAGAAGAGAGACUCAACGAGAGUGGACGGGCUCUGGAAAGUACAAUCGAACCGGAUCAAUCGGAAAGGGAGCGUUUGCUGUGGUUCACAAGGUGACUUCCAAAUAUGACGGUCUGCCCUAUGCGGCCAAGGAGCUUGAGAAGCGCCGCUUCAUCAAGAACGGCGUGUUGGACCAAAAGGUUGAGAAUGAGAUGAAGAUUAUGCAGCGGGUACAACAUCCCAACAUUGUUCGCUAUAUAGAGCACUUUGAGUGGGAUGACCGGUUGCUCAUCAUCAUCAUGGAAUACGUUCCAGGGGGCGAUCUGGGCAAACUCAUCUCGGACCAGGGUGCUUUGACCGAAGGCGUUGUUCGGAUCAUGUCAGCACAGCUAUUGAGUGCUUUGGGAUACUUGCAUGCCAACAACAUCACUCAUCGAGAUGUCAAGCCCGACAACAUUCUCAUCAACUCGCUGAACCCUAUCGAUCUCAAACUUACCGACUUUGGUCUGUCAAAAAUGGUGGACAGCGAGCAGACCUUCUUGCGAACUUUCUGCGGAACAUUGCUCUACUGUGCGCCAGAGGUGUACACCGAGUACGAGGAGUAUGACGACGACGGAGUGCGUAGUCGAGGCUCGCCUCCUUAUCCCGUCAAGAGCGGGAUCAGCUAUUCUGAGCUGUUACAUAAGAUUAUGACGACCCGACUGAAUAUUACGCCUCUGCAGCGAAACGACGUUUCAGAAAACGCCAUCGAGUUUCUUUGCAGAAUGCUUCAGAGACGGCCCGAGCACCGUGCAACGGUCAAGGAACUGGAGAACCAUCCGUGGUCCACUGGCAUGGAGUCGGUAAUAAGCGCGUCACAAUCGUUCGAUGAGAUCUCAGAGGAUGAGGAUAUGCUCGGCAACUUUUCACAGCUUCAGCAGCGUCACUACGAGGAAGACAGAAUCAGCGACUCCAUGGGCGAGGAAUCAGAAAAGGAGAACUUCAGCGGGCGACCAGAGACACAACAACCGAGACUAUUUGGUGAAGUAGGCAUCUCUGCGAUUGGCAGCUCAGGUGUAAUCCCAGAAGACUUGCUCAACCUGCAAGCGAGCAACCUCAGUGAAGGGCAAACCGAAAUCCUAGGCAAGGAUGUGGACGAAGCCUACCAGUCAGACGAUUCUGCCACGCCAAGGAGUAGGAACCGCCGAACUCAUCGUCAGACCAACAUUUCUAUCGCCCAGAAUCAGUCGGAUGAUCAGCUGCAGAGUCUGGUGGAAGAUGUGGCUUCUCAGAGCUUGGGAGGCAAUGACUCCGUCGUGCAGAACCUUGCACCACCCUCGAACUACUCUUUGCAGUCGGCGGAAUUCAACACUAGCAAACGCAAGCCCCCUUCACAAGAUACAAGCGAUGAGUUCGACAGCACCCCUGUCGGAAAGCCCACUAUGAAGAGACUCAAGUCCGAGAACAAUAUCGAGAACCUGGCAAAUGAGAACGUGGAGGAGUACAAACUGCUGGCCCAGGUGCCGCAGAUCGAAAGACUGGGCUCAGGACGACAACUCGACGGCCCUUACAACAAGCAGGGCUUCUGGGAGCAAGAUAAGGCAACUUGGCAUUUCAACUACCCGGAGAUGACUCACCUUCAAUACAACGCCUUUCAAAAGGCUGCUGUUGAGAGGAGCGAGGAGUUUGCGCCAGGAAAGACUCCUCUUUGGGGUCUAGCUAUGAAAUACUUCCCCCCUGUUCCACGGACAGGAGGACGAGCCACACUCGGCCGGUCGAAUUCACGGAUGCCUCUGACUUUUGAGAACCAGGGCACAACUGAUGACCCGAUGGAGUUUCCACCGACCGCAGCCCCCGUUGACAACUCUCAGAUCCCUGAUACCCUCCCUGUGCACAACGCAAUCAUUGUGCCAGUUCCGGAAGAGGAGCCCAACAGACAAGCCGUGGGGAUGUUCGAGUCCCACCCUCAGUCAUGUCUCCCCAUUUCGUUUCCUGUCACUGACACGCUGGUGUCAUUCGGGCGUGGACCGGCGAAUACCGAGGUGUUUGAGGACAAGUUGGACGCACGAGUACCCAAGUACGCACUGAAACUGCUGCUUUGGAGAGACGGAGAUGGCUUUGACCCUGCAAAGGACCCUGCCAAGGUACCCCCUCCAUGGCUUCGAAAUGGGGGUGACCCGAACUCGUACUGCUUCUACAUCUCGACAAAGGCCUCAGUUGGAAUUCACAUCAAUGGCUACUUGCUUGCUUCGUCUGAUGCAAAGAACCAUAGCGGACCAGCACACCACUGGGCUCGAGUCUACAACGGUGACUCGAUAGCAAUUUGGGGCUCGGACGGCAACGGCAAGCAAACCACGCUCAUCUUUCGGUGCUUCUGGGGUGCUUCUGCCCAAGAACGCGGAGAGGACAAGUCGCCGAGGCUAGCCUCCGCAGCCCUUGCCCAGAAGCUGGACGCUGCUUGUCAGAAGGCAGAGAAGCGCAUCAAGGAUGUGGCGGAGAGGAAGAAGAGGGGCGAGCAGAUCAAGGCGGAUUGGGAAGAACGUCUAGUUCACGUGGAACGGGAGCGUGAACGCAGCCGAGCAUUCCAGGCGAAGCGACUGGAGGCGAUUGAAUAUCUUACCACGAUCUCAAGACAGACGCCGCUUUCGCGAAUGGCUUCACCAGCAAGCGCGCCCCCUACGAGCUAUGUAUUCGGGGCGCCUAUGUCUCGCCUAUCUCCAGACAAGGAGAACACCAUGCCCAUGCCAUGA